AAGGGGCGCCCGAUAACCACUUUCAUUUAUAUACUCCGUAGCCCGCGCUCGACGACAUUCCACGAAGUGAGCUCGAGUUGAGGUGUUGUGCAGCAUUACCGAGGCUGUGCAAUCAAAUUAAUUUAUUUUAUUUAUAAUAGGAUAUUAAAUUAAAAACUAAAUCACAAUGUGCGACGAGGAAGUUGCUGCGUUGGUAGUGGACAACGGGUCCGGCAUGUGCAAGGCCGGUUUCGCCGGUGACGACGCGCCGCGCGCCGUGUUCCCGUCCAUCGUGGGCAGGCCGCGCCACCAGGGCGUCAUGGUCGGCAUGGGACAGAAGGACUCGUACGUCGGCGACGAGGCCCAGAGCAAGAGAGGCAUCCUCACCCUGAAAUACCCCAUCGAGCACGGCAUCGUCACUAACUGGGACGAUAUGGAGAAGAUCUGGCACCACACCUUCUACAAUGAGCUGCGUGUGGCGCCCGAGGAGCACCCCGUGCUGCUCACGGAGGCUCCCCUCAACCCCAAGGCCAACAGAGAAAAGAUGACCCAGAUCAUGUUCGAGACCUUCAACACACCCGCCAUGUACGUCGCCAUCCAGGCCGUGCUCUCGCUGUACGCGUCCGGUCGUACCACCGGUAUCGUGCUGGACUCCGGUGACGGCGUCUCCCACACCGUGCCCAUCUACGAAGGCUACGCGCUGCCCCACGCCAUCCUGCGUCUGGACUUGGCCGGUCGCGACCUCACAGACUACCUGAUGAAGAUCCUCACGGAGCGCGGCUACUCCUUCACCACCACCGCCGAGCGAGAAAUCGUGCGCGACAUCAAGGAGAAGCUCUGCUACGUCGCCCUCGACUUCGAGCAGGAGAUGGCCACCGCCGCCUCCAGCAGCUCGCUCGAGAAGUCGUACGAACUUCCCGACGGCCAGGUCAUCACCAUCGGCAACGAGCGAUUCCGUUGCCCCGAGGCUCUCUUCCAGCCCUCGUUCCUGGGUAUGGAAGCUUGCGGCAUCCACGAAACCACCUACAACUCGAUCAUGAAGUGCGACGUCGACAUCCGUAAGGACCUGUACGCCAACACCGUACUGUCCGGUGGCACCACCAUGUACCCCGGCAUCGCCGACCGCAUGCAGAAGGAGAUCACCGCGCUGGCUCCUUCCACGAUGAAGAUCAAGAUCAUCGCGCCCCCAGAGAGGAAGUACUCCGUAUGGAUCGGUGGAUCUAUCCUCGCCUCCCUCUCGACCUUCCAGCAGAUGUGGAUCUCGAAACAGGAAUACGACGAGUCCGGCCCUUCGAUCGUGCACAGGAAGUGCUUCUAAGCGGCUCGCUGGCCGGCUCGCGCCGGCUGCUGAGCUCGGGCUUGUAAUCACCGUUAAUUUAAUUGUACGUAAGAUAUUAUUGUAAUUAAAUCGUAAUAGUGACGGCAACCGGCGCGCGGCGCCGCGGGCGCCUCGGCCGCCGGCCUCGGUACUGCACUCGCCAAAGGAUCUUUUGUAAUAUCAUGAAUGAAUCUCAUGAAUGUAUGUGCUGAAACGGAUAAGACUACUUUCUUACUAGGUCAUUUAUAAAUUAUAAAAAAUAAUGAAAAAUACACGAAAAAAAUUUGAAAAAUUAAA